GGCCGGGGGUGUGGGGAGGGGCGGUGACUGAGGUCUGCCUUACCUGAGACUCCCUGGAGACUGGCCAGCGCCCUCCACCUCCCUGGGCCCCCAACUCUGGACCCCUGGGGCCGCACAAUAUCCCCCUGCCCCUCCCUAGGCCUGGGCAAGGCUGGCCACCAUGAUGCCCUCAGGGCCGCUGCCCAGGGCCUGCUGGACUUCAUUCAUCUCUCUGCUUCUAGUCUGCUGUCUGCUGCCCCCAGGUACCCAAGGGCAGGAGUUCCAGCUGCGAGUGGAGCCGCAGAACCCAGUGGUGCCUGCCAGAGAGUCCCUCUUGGUAAAUUGCAGUAUAGAUUGCCCCAGCGCUGAACUCAUCUCCCUGGAGACGUCCCUACUCAAGGAGUCGGUGGGCAGUGGCCUGAGCUGGGCAGCCUUCCAUCUCAGCAAUGUGACUGGUGACACCCAGCUCCUCUGCUCUGGCUUCUGCAAUGGCUCCCAGAUGAUAGGCUUCUCUAACAUCACAGUGUACCGGUUCCCGGAGCGCGUGGAGCUGGCCCCCCUGCCGCCCUGGCAGCCCGUGGGCAGGCGCCUCAUCCUGCGCUGCAUGGUGUCCGGUGGGGCCCCCCGGGACCACCUCACCGUGGUGCUGCUUCGUGAGGAGAAUGAGCUGGGCCGGCAGCCAGCAGGAAAGGGGGAGCCUGCCGAGGUCAUGGUCACAGUGCUGGCGACCAGAGAUGACCAUGGUGCCAAUAUUUCUUGCCGCACGGAGCUGGACCUGCAGUCCCAAGGGCUGGGACUGUACCAGAACAGCUCGGCCCCCAGGAAGCUCCGAACCUUUGCCAUGCCCAUGAUCCCCCCGCGCCUCGUUGUACCCCGGUUCUCGGAGGUGGAAACGUCGUGGACCGUUGACUGCACCCUGGAUGGGCUGUUCCCAGCAUCGGAGGCCCAGGUGCAACUGGCGCUGGGGGACCAGAUGCUGAAUGCCACAGUCGUGAGCCACGCUGACACACUCACGGCCACAGCCAGAGCGAAAGCAGAGCAGGAGGGCACUCAGGAGAUUGUCUGCAACGUGACCUUGGGGGGCGAGAGCCGCGAGACCCGGGAGAACGUGAAGGCCUAUAGCUUCCAGGGGCCCAACCUGACACUGAGCGAGCCUAACGCCACCGAGGGGACCACAGUAACUGUGACUUGCGCGGCCGGACCCCGAGUCCAGGUCACGCUGGACGGAGUUCCAGCCGCGGCACCGGGACAGCCUGCCCACCUUCAGCUAAACGCCACUGCGAAGGACGACAGGCGCACCUUCUUCUGCAAUGCCACCCUCGAGGUGCAUGGGGUGAUCUUGCACCGUAACAGGAGCGUCCAGUUGCGUGUCCUGUGUCGGAACCCCAUCGCCAUCACCAUUGUCCUGGGGGUGUUAGCGAUCUUGGGCCUGGUGAUUCUCGCUGCGGCCUCUGUGUACGUCUUUGGGGUGCAGAAGCGGCGUGACAUCUACCACGUGAGGCAAAGCAGCACCCUGUUGCCCCUCGCGCCUAAACAGCCCGACGAGGCUGUGGCAGUGGAGUUAUCCUGAGCAUCAGAGUGCCGUGAUACUGGGCAAAGACGACGGAGGUUUGGCUGUAUCCCCGAAUUCCGCACUAAUAAAGGCUUUAAAAUCCGCA